AGGAACGUCACACGGCGCGUGGAAAGCCUCGAGCGCGCGGUGCUGACCUUGCGGGAACGGAGGCGUCAAGAAGGUGAGGCGGAACGAGCGGCCGAACGAGCACAAGUAGCGGGGACCGCCACGCCAUGCGCCAGGGACCGAGGCGUCCACCGACGCGGCAGCGACGCCUGUAGUUGAAGGCGGCGAAGGCAAUGGGGAGGACAAAGAUCCCCAGGCGGCGCCUCCCGAGCCGGUGGAUGGCGGUGGUGAGGCAGAGGUGCCUUUCCAGUUCCCCGACAUCGAUGAGGAUCCAGAGGAGACCGAGGAAGAGAGGGCCAAGCGACAGGAGGCCGAAGAAAAGCAGCAGAGAGAGAUGAUCCUCUUCAACGAAAGCAAAGGGACGUACCGCCGCUGGCGUGGAGACUUCCGCUGCGGAAGCCGCGUCCCGCCGCUGCCGGAUGGCGAGAUGGUGGAGUGCCCUCCUGGCUUCGAUGCACCCUGCUGCAGCGCCUUGGGCUGGUGUGGCCGCUCAGCGGAUCACUGCAAGUGCGAGAUGUGCUCGGACUACCGACACAAGGCGAAGGUGACCUACGCAGGCAUCAAGUUGAAGCGCGCCAAGCGCGAGUGCGAGACGAUCGCCGCCGAUCUGGGGCCCUUCUCCUCGCCGGAGGAGACGGGAAUGUGCCCAAACGGCUGUGAACGAUUCAGAGUGCGGGAAGAUGAUCAUGUUUUCCUUCAACUACCCCAACUGGGGUUGCCGAUGUUGUGCGAUCGACACACCAGAAGGCGACGAAGCGGGGGACACCCAGAUCGUCUAUGCCUACGAGGUGAUUGUGGAAAUCCUCUGACAAAAAGCGAUGUGCGGUUUUGACUUUCAGAGCCCAGUUUCAUAGAUUCCAUGACCCCAAAGAAUACCAGGACGGUGGUGUACACAUCGGAUGGACUGCAGGAUGGACUCGAUAAAUCAUAAGGAACAUGUUAGGAACACUCUGAAGCCUGUGGUCAAAUGCAUGGGUGCCUGAUUUGAUUAGAGGUCAUGGAAGCAGCCAGG